AGCUAUGGGUAAUUCAAUCAUGUGAUACAGUAUCAUGUGACUUGCCGAUCUUAUCGUUGCUCGGAAAUCACAAUGCUUGGAUAUCUUGAAGCAUACUUUUACACAUUUCCAUGUCUAUGCCUUUACAGUUCCGAUCUCACUUCCAAUGGUACUCGUACUCUUAUCAGGAGAAGUAAGAAGUUUGCUUCAUUUCUCUAGUCAGCUCAGCUUUAUCUACCUCCUCACUUACACUUACAACUAAUUUAUUAUCAACUCUAAUCCUAAUCUAAACCUCAACUUUCUUCUUCGAUGCUGGUUCUUUACACCAUUUCGUGAAACCUAAGCCAAGUCUUACCAUAAAUUGUUGCAAUAUAUCUGCAUGACAUCUUGCAUUUACAUAUCCCAUUAUAAUGGCUGAAACACCAAGCCAUCGUCAAUCCCUUGAAGAACCCGAUGAGCUACAAAGAGAUCAAUGGGAAUCCACUGAACUUUCAGAAUUAGCCCACGUAAGACAAAACUAUACAACCGCUUUAUCUUCUCAUGCAUUAGGUCCUGGAAGUGCAGCAUCUACUGGAUUUUUCGGUCGAUUGACCUAUAAUGUCUCAAAUUUUUGGAGACACCAAAUCAGCGUAACCGUUGACCAUGUUGCAUGUAGAGACCAUUUAGGUACGUAUCAUUACUUUAUCCUUUUUCAUUGAUCUGAUUCAGACGAUCUAUAGUGACAAGGUAUAUUUACAUGUUAUACAAUUCGGAGAUUCAGGGCCGAAAUACUCCUGUCAGCUGAGAUUUUAUUUUCACUUAUUUGCAGUACCCUCCCUAUGUGUCUAUCACAAUCUGUAUACUUAGUCUUGGCAUUCUUCAUCGUAUCUGGUUCUUGCCUCAGUAUUGAUAUGUCCCUUUGCUUUAUGUGUUCACUGUCUAGUAUUUUGUGGAUGAACUUACUAACUUAUCCCUACUAGCCGUGGAAAGAACUUUCCUAGCAUUUCUCAGGACUUCAUUGGCCUUGUCAAUGUUAGGGGUAUCAGUUGCACAACUAUUGUGUGUACUUAACCAACUUGGAAGUACUAUGCUAUUUUACUGACGUAUAUACAGCCGUUUGCAGCAUUCCCACACGCCAAAUCCAUUAAUAGGGUUCUUCGUACUUGGGAAACCUCUAGCUUGUAUAUGUCAAGUUGCUGCAAUAACAACUUUGUUGAUAGGAAUUUUCAGAAGUUGGAGACAUCAAAACGCUAUCGUGAGGGGUAAAGCCCUCUCAGGGGGGUUUGAAGUCAUUAUCAUUGGAGCUGGAUUUUUCUUGGUGGGUGAAGUUCCACAUCAUGGGGAUACCAUACUUAUGAUAAAUCAUUGAACGAACACUGCUAACAUAGGUUAGAUAUUUCUAACAUUUCUUGUGCUUCUGAUUGCUGUGGAUAUUUUAAAAGAAGAUUUGAAGUCCGAUAAGUGAUGAUGUUAUUUGUUGACUUCGAGGUAUUGGAAUGCCUCGGACCAGUAGCAUCUACUUCGGACUCCUCCGACCAGCAUAUAUUGAAGCAAUUCACUGCAAGCAUGUUCAUCUGACUUUAUUUCGUUGGAAAAUCGGGGAGUUCUAUAUUGGUAGCCAAGAACAUGCAUACCCGUCGCCACGUGCUUGAAAUACAUUGGGAGCAGGGGAGAAGUAUGGUCAUAUUACUCUUUAGACUCUGACUACAGACCAACGGAAAGAACUUACUACAAAUCUGGGGCUCUUCUGCAUGAAAUAUCAUUGGCGGAUAAAUUUAGAUGGCAUGUGUACCCAGAAUGGCAACAGCUGCGGGAAAUUUGCUAUAAUGCCGGACCUCGGGAGGUUGAAAUGAAAGUCCAUGUGCCUUCAUCAAUACGUUUGCAGUAAGUAGUCCGCUAGGUCUCCUAGCGAUAUUUCUUUACCCAUGGUUUUAUAUACAGCAGCAGAGAAAGAAGGUAGCCAGGAAACUUAAAUAAGCAUAUUCUGACAAGACAGCUUAGCGAUGGUUAAUGCCAUGAACCCAUUGAUUCUAUGAAUCUAUAUGAAUGUGAUAGAUAUGAGUAAUAUUUUAUCAUGAUGUUUCCAACCAACUCAACUUAUCAAACACCUACUUAUGAUCA